AUGAUUCGCCGUGUUCUGUUAUGUUUUAGUUUGUUCGUUGUGUUUUCCAGCAUAGAAACACGCAAACCAGUUGUUUGCUACUACGCCUCAUGGGCAACAUAUCGCCCAGGAAGGGGGCAAUUCAAUGUGGAACACAUCGAUCCUUUCCUUUGCACCCAUCUGAUGUACGCGUUCUUCGGUGUGGAUCAUACCGGAGCGGUAACGGUGCUCGAUCCAUGGCUCGAUCUGGAGACUAAUGGUGGUCGUGGAAACAUUCGUCGCUUUAAUGAGCUACGCCAACAGAAUCCUCAACUCAAGACACUGGCAGCAAUCGGUGGUGCAACUGUUGCGCCCACGUUGUUUUCGCAGAUUGCCGCGAAUGCUGCUACGCGUGGUGCCUUUGCUCGAAAUGCACGAGAUUUAUGUCUAACUCAUGGAUUCGACGGUGUGGAUGUUGGUUGGGAGUUUCCAGGUAUACACGAAGGCGAUACGACUAAUGAUAAGGCGAACUUUGUGCUGCUGUUAUCAGAAUUAGCUGCAGAGCUUCGCUCUCAUGGCUUGCUUCUAACCGGUGCUCUAGCUGCAAGUGAAACAAUUGCAUCCAUUUCAUACGAUAUUGCCCGCAUUGUCCCACAUUUGGAUUUCAUCAAUCUCAUGGCAUACGACUAUAACGGAGCGUGGAACAAUUUUACUGGUCACAAUGCACCACUGUUUGCUGGACCUUCGGAUCAGAAUGAUUUUCAACGAAUGCUUAACGUGGAUCACAGCAUCAACUAUUGGGUAGGCCAGGGAGCUCCACUCUCAAAACUAGUGCUGGGUGUUCCAGCGUAUGGACGUACCUUCACGCUGACGAAUUCGGCUUCCAAUGGAUUACGGGCACCAUCGGACGGACCCGGUUUACCUGGUCCGUACACACUUCAGUCCGGUUACAUGGCAUACCAUGAGGCAUGUGUCCAUUUCCUUCCUGGAUCCAGCUGGCAACGUGUGUGGGAAGCAGUACAACGCAUUCCAUAUGGUUUCCUGGACAGGCAAUGGAUAGGAUACGACGAUCGAGAAAGUAUAUUGGAAAAAUGUAACUACGCUAACAAUCGUAAUCUUGCUGGUAUGAUGAUGUGGUCAAUCGAUAUGGAUGAUUUUCGCGGGUACUGUGGAAGUCAGUUUAAUUUACUUAGAGCUCUCAAUGAUUGUUUGACGUAAAUUUGACGUAUUCAAAUAA